GGUUUCAUUUGACACGCUCCACACACCCUCGCUCCCUUUGAAAGCCAUCGCCACCCAAAUGAACCCAUUUUUAGAGGUCACCCACGUGCUGGCUGCUCACCUAACUGUGUCCGAGCUGAAUCUUGCAGAGGGAGCAUGUGUAUGGAGUAUUCCCAAGCCCAAUCACCGUAAUUCGCAGGAAUAAGCUUUUGGGUCGAUCAGUGGUCAAUUACCGUGAUUUAUGCGAUUUCAACGUGAUCGCUGAGUGGACAAAGCCAAUUGUCCGAUUCAUCCGCUUGCCUCACUGGUUCCUGGGCGGAUCGCGGUCUGGUCGCGCUUCAGGUGAAUCAACGAUACGUGGGCCCAAGAUCUCCGAGUCUCCGAAGAUUUCUGUCUGGCACGAUCGUUGAUUCAUUGGUCGGGCAGUCGCCGAUUCCGAAUCCCCACCUGCGGCUGCCCUCGUCGCUUGACUGAGUUUGUGCGUCGUCAUCGCCGCUGAUGUCUCUGUUGCUUGUGUAUUUGUUUUUCGAUUUUCGGUUCUCGGGUGCGGUUAUAUAAGUGGAGUGUGCCGGCCACAUUUGUGAACUAUUCUGUUGCGGGAGCUUGCCGCGACCAAGCGCAAAAUACGGGUCAGUGUGUGAGCGAACAAAGCGUACCAGUCAUGCCAAGCUAUUGCCUCAUCAUCGCCCUAUGCCUUCUUGGUUUAGUGGCGGCCAAGUCUUCGGAUGGAGAUCGAGAUCAGUGGGUCUGGAGAUCCUACAAUCGCAGGGAGCGCUCUUUUCGGGACAUCGAUCGCAGUUCGCCCAUAAGGAACUCGUACGACGAAAAGCUGAGGCGGGAGCCCACCACUCGCAGACCUUUUCCCGGCGAACCGGAGAACGAUGAGAUUGAGGAUUACGCCGAUGUGGAGCCCACCAGGUCAUCGGACACUCCCAACGUAGGCACCCGUCAGUUUAAUCCAUAUGGUGGUCAGACCAAUGCCGGACAGUUCGGAGGACUUGGAGGUUAUAAUGGAAACCCCGGUGUGCUGGUGGGACCUGGAGGACCCACUGGAAUCAUAGGGAGACCGCAGCUGUACCCUAAUCCUUAUCAGCCCGGCUACGGCGGAUUCUCUGGCGCUCAGAACGGCAUUGGUGGAUAUCCAGGGGGAUACGGAGGAAUAGGACAGGGACUUCCCGGAGCUGGAUUCCCCGGCGCCAACGUGGGCGGUGGUUUUAACAACUUCCCCACCAAUGCACUUGGCCUUAACCAAUUUCCCAGCAAUGGACAAUUCCCCUACGGAUCCUAUCCGGGCGGCGACUUCGGUGGAAACCAGUUCGCGGGUGCAGGUGCCCAGUUCCCAGGAUUGGGACAGUACCCCGCCAACCAACAGUUUGGCGGACCUCAGUACACCGAGGGCUAUGGUCUGGCAGGAGGAUUGGGCCUAGGUCAACUGGGAGUAGGCAACGGUGGACUCGGAUAUGGCGGCAGUUAUCCACCUCUAGGAGGCGGAGGCAUCGGUUACGACGAGAAAUCGCCAGCUGUGGCCGAGGGUAAGAACGCCAAGAGUGUGGCAGCGUCACCCAGAAAAGUGAAUGAUAAGCUCAGUAAGAAGGUAUAAAACUUUAGAAAUUUUAGAAGUGGAGGAAGUUGUGUUAAAGAUAUGGAACAGAAGCGAUUCCUACCAAUCAUUGUUUCAUUCUCUCUUAGGCUGAGUUGUAAGUAGUUACCUUACUGUAGGCAUAGUUUACGCAUAGAUUAAGCAAAUAAAUUCCCAUGUUUACUGAAAUAUCA